UCGAACUGCGUUGUCUCUCAGUCGUACGUAGGCUUCCACAAGACGCGGCCAGACUGAGUAGUCGCUCGCAACAAUAAGCCGGGCUUUUAUUUAUUUACGAGGCCCAUGUGUGCCUCUAAUUACUUUCCCUAUUAAUUUGCACUUAAUCAAAUCAUUUUUAAAUAAUUAAUUAUCUGUGACCUGUGAAUGUGAAUCAAAAACUUAAUGAUUUUUUUUAAAAAUUAAUGGACGUGUUACAAGUGGACUUUAAAUUUGAAUUUUUAAAACUGACGCGCAUGGCAAAACACUAGAUAUUUUUAGUAAAUUUGAAUUUUCAAAUUUACGCGCGACUAUCGCGCCUGUGCACACCAUCGGUGUCUGUCAUAAAACAUUGUGGUUUAAAAAUAUUAUAAAAAGUGGCGAAUAUUUAUUAUUAUUUUGACAUUAUCAGGAUAAAUAAAUCCUGUUUUAUUUUUCUUCGAGGAUAAAAUGGUGUACGGUGGCAAUUUCAACAUGGAGACGAUGCCACAGACAGUACCAACAGCCGUUGGAUUCUCACCUUCAUUUGAAUACACAGCAUUUCAAUUUGACUUGUCAUUGCUACCAGAUGACUACAACUCCCCCAAUAAUACUCACAAUCAAAUGACAUUGAAACCCAUCCAAAUAAAACAGGAAGUUUUGUCACCGAGACCUGGAUCACCUACGACAUAUCCCAGUCCUCCUUAUCCCGGUUUAACUGGUGCAUUGUCACCAAAUUACUCACGCGAAGCAUCACCCGGUUAUCCCAGUAGUCCCUACUAUGUACCUCAGAGUCCGCAGAGCGCACAUUUGUACCCCACAAGUCCGGAACCAACAGCCACCAAGCCACCUGUUAAACGGGAAAAAAGCAUCGAUUUGCUUACCAUUCUACAGGAAUCCAGACUUUUAGCGGAAAGUCUUGGUUACAAAGAAGAUUCCACAGACUGCACGGUACCUUGUACACCACCAAGGUCUGAAGAAGAUAUUUACAACUCUCUGGAUACCGAUUUCUUUCCAAAACGCGAGGAAACGAGCAAUCCAUUGUUGAAAGAAAUUUUAUUUAAAGAAGAACCAACGUCAGUAAAUUCUCCUCAGUCUUCAAUUAGUCAUCAGUCAUCAAUUAGUUCACAGUUAUCACCGGGACCAUCGCCUGUCGAAAAUGAAAAUUCAUCUCUCCGUAGUCUUUUAUUUCCGUCGAAUAACAAACAAGACUCUGCUAUCAGAGAUAACAGCAGCAGCAAUGACAACCGGCAUAAAACCGGUCUAAUAAUACCCAAGAUAGAAAUUACUGAAAUUACUGACGAGGAGACUUUCACGAGUCAAAAAAUAACCGCGAGUCCGCUCAAUCGCGAGGAUGAAAUUUUCAAGGAUCAAAAAAGCGACCAUCAAUUAUUGCGCGAAGUUUUAAGAGACACGAGUUUCCAGAGGAAAUAUAAUCUGAGACCGGUAGAUUUGGGAAACGUGGGUACGGGUUUUGUUGAAGACAUGGAAAAUGGCGAGUGCGUUGGUGAUCUCGCUCGCGAACAGAUUGAACCAGUACUCAGUCUCGCCAUCCAACAGUUACAGAAAGAUUUCGACAAUACCUGCGUCGCACUUGGAAUUCAUCCCGAACCACGUCGCUGGAGUGCAGCAGAUGUUGCUGCGUGGGUCCAAUGGGCCCGAAGACAAUUACAACUGCCAUCAGUCCCGUUGGACAGCUUCAACAUCGACGGCGAAACACUUGCAUCUCUAACGGAAGAAGAUUUUUGCCAUCGUGCGCCUCAGUGUGGAAGUAUGUUGCACGCGCAAUUAGAAAUUUGGAAGGCUGCUGUCGAGGAGUCACCGAGAAAUACUCUUGCAGCUUCCUGGAGUCCUGCUGGUGCUGUCCAGCCAUCUCCAGUGAGUACCAGUGAUUCUAAUUCAUCACUAAGUCCGCCCGAUGCUUCCUCUUCUUCGGCCUCUUCUUGCAACAUGGAUUUGACAGAUGACGAAGACGAUGAUGUUGCCGCGGUAACGCCAGUUAAUGAAGGAGGAAAAAUACGUAAUGGAGGAUCGCACAUUCAUUUGUGGCAGUUUUUAAAAGAAUUACUCCAGAGUCCUGGCUUACAUGGAUCGUGUAUACGCUGGCUGGAUCGUACGAAAGGUGUUUUCAAGAUCGAGGACUCGGUGCGUGUGGCGCGAUUGUGGGGUAAACGUAAAAAUAGACCGGCCAUGAACUACGACAAGCUCAGCCGUAGUAUCCGGCAGUACUACAAAAAAGGUAUAAUGAAGAAAACAGAACGCAGCCAGAGGUUAGUUUACCAGUUCUGUCAUCCCUACAGUUUAUAAAUUUAUUUUUAAUUCCUUGUUAAAUUAAAUGCUCGAUUGUUGUUCCGUAUUUAAAUAUUUUUAAAUGGUUUUUUUUUAUAAAUUAAUUCGAGCGGGGGAACUGUGAUCGAGAAAUCGGCAAAUAUAAAAGGGCUUCCGGUUUUUUCUUAAAUAAGAAAGGACCUCGUAAGAAAAUUGUGUGAUUGUAAUAUAAUAAUAAUAAUAUAACGUCAAUUGUAUCAAUGAUUUUUAUAAAUUUUAUCGACUAAUAUUACUAAUAUUUUUAAUUUUAUAAAUUUUAAAAGUUUUACGUCCUUUUUAUUUUUAUUACUAACAUUUAAUAAUGAAUCUGCUGUGGUUACGUAAUAUAUUUAUUUAUUAAAUAAUUAACUGAAAUAUGAGUGAUCACAGAUGAGUAAUUUUAAACCAUAUCCUUAUUAUUAUUUCAAAUAUUAUAAAUCAUUACGUGUUACUUAAUUUUUCGCGAUUGAAUAAUAUUAGUUAUUAGUAUAAAACGAGGCAAGUUUGUAUAUAAAUAUACUUAUAAUUUUAUUUAUAUAAAAAAAAAGAACAAAAAAAAAAGAUAGAAUUAUUUCUUUUAUUCGUCUUUAUUUUAUAAUAUUUUUCCGUUAUCUUAAGAAACUUUUUUGCACUUACUUGCAAAUUAUUUUAUCUGUUUGCUGGACCUUGCCAACUUUAAACUCGAUGCUAAUUUUUUUUGUGUACAGUGUACUAAAAAAGACGGUAACAAAAUACUCAAGAUGACUAAAAAGAGCGGAGUGAUUGUCAUUGCCAUGAUGUAGGGAAGAAUAGAGUAUGUGAGCACGUGGAAAUAUUUUGAAAGACAAAAAUUUUCCUAAGACUAGAAAAAAUUUUUUGGCGCGAAAAUUUUUUCUGGCUCCAAUAAAAUUUUUCUUGCUUCGGAAAUCUUUCGUUCUCAAUUUUUGAUGCAAAAAAAUUUUUUAGGACGAGUAAGAAUUUUCGCGCCAAGAAAUUAUUUUUUUUCUGUGUAAUUACGAUAGAAUUUUUUAGCCAGAGUUUUAUUUUUUUUUCAUUAAAAAUUAUUUUUAAAAAAUAAUAGGAAAUUUUUUCAAAAUAAAUAAAAUCAAAAUGUGUACGGCAAUUAAAGUCUACAAAAAUAAUUAAAACCCAGGUACUCCAUGCUCCGCUUCCCUACAUAUGUCAAACAGCGAUUUUUAGUCUCACUUCUAUAAUUUUUUACGGAUUUAUUAUUUAUAAAGUAAAAAAAUCCUAGGGAUAAUAAAUAAACUCAAAUAACUCAGGUGAGUUAUUUACUUAUAAAAAUAAAAUAUUAUUAUUUAUUAUUAAUCAUUUGCCGCUUUAACCAGCGACACUCGGGAUUUUGGUACAUCCAUUAAUAUAAAUAAAUAAAUAUAUAUAUAACAAUAAAUAGGGGAGAUCGGGGCACGACGGUCGCCCUAAGCCGCUAAUAAUUUUCUGUAGCUUUUGAACAUCGGGUCCAAAUUUUUGUGAUCUACCUCGAAGAAUUCAUCAUAAUUAAAAAAAAAAAAUUCUUAGGAGCAACGACGGGUCCCCUUUAAAAAAUGAUGAAAUAACAGUAAAAGAAACUCAGAGAAUCUGACUAGAUCUAAGUCUGCAAUCAUAUGUCUGAUGCAUAAAUAAAUUAUUGGAAUUUUACUUCCUGAUGACUGUCAGUGAAUUUCUUAAAUUAUUAUAUUUUUUAUAAUAAUUAAAGUGUUUUAAUCAAUAAUUGGGCAGUCAUAUCUCCGGAAUCGGGCCCGUGGUAUUUUCGUAGCAAUGCACAAAAAUGUCAGGUACCCGAUUUUGCCCUUUUUCUGAGACAUGACUCCUCAAUUAUUUUCGAAGCAAUAAUUAUUAUAGAAAAUUGGCCUUUAAAGGCCAAGUCGCCGCAUCCUCAGUUAUUAUGUAAUUUUUUUUUAAUUGUUAGGGGGGUCUGUCGUGCCCCAGGUAUUUCGUAUCGCUUGAAAACUUGGUAAAUAUAUCAAUCUCAUGAAAAUAUGACAGUGGCAGAAAAAAAUUUUUUUUUUGAAAAUUUUUGAGAGGCUUCGUUGUGCCCCGGUCUCCCUUACAUGGAAUUUAGAUUUUAAAAAUUGCAAUUUAAUUUAUUUAUAUGCUUUAAAUAAAAGUUAUAGAUAUAAGCUAUUUCUUCAGUUUCAAUUUUCAUGCCUACUUUUAUCGUAAUUGACAUUUUAAAAUAAUUAUUAGUUUGUAUAUAGAGUUGGGAUCUAUGUUUACUUUAAAUAAACAUUUAUACGUAUAUUUUACGUGUUUAAUAAUUACCAUGAUAAAGAUCUCAUGCACUGUGAGAAAAUUUGCAUAUAUAUAUGUAUAUAUAUAUGUAUAUACGUGUGUAUCAUUUUGCAUUGGCAAUACGUGACCUGUUUUAAGCGCGUGAUUCACGAUGUACCAACGAAAAACAGGCUCUAUAUCCAUGUUAAACCCAAUGAAAAUGUCGAAUUCCGUGUAUAUACAUACAUGUAGAUAUAUAUACGGCUUGACAGUAGAUUUAUGAGAAUUUUAAAAGGUCGCAAUCGUAU